CCGCCCCUGGAGCGUCACAUCCCCGAAGCCGACUGCGCGAGUGGCGGCGGUUUCCGGUUCGGGGCUAGUCGCACAGCGCCGAUCUGCAUUGCCGGGCGGUUCCCCCAGCCCCCCUCGGAGCCUCGCACCUGCCGCCGCCAUGUCAACAAGUGGCCCUGGAAGCUCAAGUAAUGCCUCUGGCAGUAAUCGUCGCCUUCAGCAGACACAACACCAAGUAGAUGAGGUGGUUGACAUCAUGAGGGUGAAUGUAGACAAGGUGUUGGAACGAGAUCAGAAGCUGUCGGAGUUGGAUGACCGUGCUGACGCACUGCAGGCAGGAGCUUCCCAAUUUGAGACCAGUGCUGCCAAGCUGAAAAGAAAGUAUUGGUGGAAAAAUUGUAAGAUGUGGGCAAUAUUGAUAGCAGUUGUUCUCAUCAUUAUCAUCAUCAUCAUUGUCUGGAGUGUGUCCCCGUGAGUUACAAGAAGAAAUGCAAACCAGCGGAAGCCAUCUCUCUCUCCUUCAAACCUGCUGUAUUCUCAAGCUUGCACCUACUAAUGUAUAAAACAAAAUUAUUUUGAUUAGUCAUGUGUUAACUUUCUCUGGUUUAUAGAAAAUGUGCCUUUAUUUAAAAGUUACACUCCUAAUUUUAAAAUGCUAAUAAGCACAGCCCACACCUUGCACAGUGCCUUGGUAAUCUUGAGUAUGAGCUGGUGAAGAGGAUUUCAUGUUUGCAUCUGAGAAUCUAGAAGCAAUGUAUUGUUGCCAGUGACUACUGCAUUCUAGAUAAAUGUGAAGAGUGUUUGGAUAUCUGUCCUCUUCACUGUCUCUUCUGCGCCCCAAUUUAAAAGUGUCUUUUCUAACACAUUACUGAAGGGGUGGGAACCAAAUCUUAAAUUUGUGCCUUCUUGAAAGAAACUUUUAACACCUCUGCCAUUUGAACAGACUUUGCCUGCCUUGUCUUAUUCCAUUAAUGCCUUCGGACUAGUUGUGGAAGAGCCUGCCACCCUUCUAAACACUACUUGUCGUUCACUGUCUUAUGAAUAUGCAGUUAAAUUCUAUUAUUGAAGCUCUAAAGAUUUGAGCACUGAACCAUUAGUGCUGCCUUGUGGCAUUUGUGAUUAAAGACGUCUUUUAAGGUGUUUACAUUAUCUUCAAAAGACAGUCUGUCACUUUUGGUGCCAGUUUAAUCUGAAAGAGUACCUUUAAAAAUGUUUAGUGUUUGUCAUGUAGACACUAAAGUUGGCUUUGUUUGGGGUUUUUGUCUUUUGCUAAAAAGUAGUUCAGUGAAGGCUUUUCUCUGCAAUCCAGCAAGAUGUUUCCAGUGUAGAAUCAGUGCCAAAUGUAGUUUAAAAUUUUAUAUGUAUUUAUAUGUAAUCUGUUCGUAUUACUUCACAAACUGUCUUCCCUCUAAACUAGUCUUCAGAGUGAGUGUUCCCUUAGGACUUCAGGAAAGGCUGGUAACAAAUAGUGUUGCCUCGUCCCUUUUAUCGCCGGACUUUUUAGGUAUGGGUGACUGCUCUCCAUGAGGAGGGGAAAAAAAUAACUUGAUACUUCACCCAUUGAGUCACCACUGUGUGUACUCUGUCUAAUCUGCCUGUUUCUAAUUUCUUCCCAGUCCUUGUUUCUACUUCCUCUGUAUAGUUUUCCUUUCUCUUGUCUCUUUUCCUCCCUUACGUUUCGGGAUAGAUUUGCAAGUAGCUACACUGUGUAAUUGGUUCACAAACCUAAUUGACAUAGCCUACUUCUUUGAGUGUUGGAUGUUGCUUUAGCUGUUGAAUUAUGAGCCAGACUCUUGAUGGACAACUACCAGAAAGAUGUGACAAAGCACUCGGAGGGUGGCUAAGCCCAAUGAUGGAUCUGCUCUCUAAGCACCUGGGAAGAAAUAUUGAUCUCUUUACCCCAAAGUACAGGAUGCUUUAGAAUGGUUUUUUUGAUAGUGAGUGUUGUGAAAAGUUGCUCUGUUGGCUUAUAAUUAACUGUCUACGGCCUUGCCUGCUUCUUUGAGGAUGAAGAGGGAGAGAGGGGCAAGGAUUUCUGUGCCUACUGAAGUACUUUAAUUUCUGCUCUACCUUCAUCAUUGCAGUGACUAAAUGUACAAAGUCUCUUAGAAAAAUAACUCUACUGUAUGAAUGCACCAUGGACCAGUAACGAAGCUAACUGUACAAACUGAAAUCUUAUUAACUCACAAUUAAGAAAUUUUUUACUAUUAUCUUUAUGUGCAUCUUUUAAAGAAAUAUCAACUCUGUAUACUAGUUCCUGUACUUUCAGAGGUUUCUAAGUGUAUGUCCUCAGGAGGGCAUGUGUCCCUGCACUGUGUUGGCAAAGAUGCCUUUGUAACAUUUAAUAAAGUGGCUUUUGAAACUCC